AACUGCAUCUCCAACGGCAGGGGGCAGUGGGCUUGAUGGGAUGUUCCCAACAUGGCGGCAUCCAUUUCAGGCUAUACUUUUAGUUCGGUGUGUUACCACAGCGCUAAUAGCAACUCUGAUCAUGAGGGCUUCCUAUUAGGAGAAGUAAGGCAGGAGGAGACUAUCAGCAUCAGUGACACACAGAUUAGCAACGCAGAACUGCUCCAGGUAGUAGAAAUCCAUAAACAUGAUCCUUGUGCACGGUUGUUUAGCUUUUAUGACUACGCAGGCAAAGUCAAUGAAGAAAAUCUCAACAGCAUUCUUAGAGAUCGGCGGAAAAAUGUGAUCGGUUGGUACCGUUUCCGACGAAACACGCAGCAGCAGAUGUCCUUCCGCGAACAGAUCCUCCACAAACAGCUGACUCAGCUGCUCGGCGUGCCCGACCUGGUCUUCCUCCUCUUUAGCUUCAUCUCCACGGCUAACAGUUCUACACACGCGCUGGAGUAUGUGCUCUUCCGACCCAAUCGCAGUAGGUACAACCAGAGGAUCACCCUCACCAUCCCGAACCUGGGCAAUACAAGCCAGCAGGAGUACAAGGUGUCGUCCGUGCCCAACACCUCGCUCAACUACGCCAAGGUCAUCAAAGAACACGGGGCUGAGUUCUUUGACAAAGACGGCGUGAUGAAGGAUAUCCGCACAAUAUUUCAAGUCUACAGUGCGCUACAAGACAAAGUACAGGCCGUGUGCGGGGAGGUAGAACAAAGUGAACGCGUGAGGGAGAAAAUUCAAGACGAUGUGAACAAACUGAAACAGCAAAUCGAUCUCAGGGAACGUAAGGCGGCGGAAGAAGAGCGAAGGCUCCAUGAAGCCCUGAAUCCAGACUCUCGCUCCACUCCAGAGGAAAACACGGACCCUUCGUACUCUUCUCAACUAUCUAGGGUAUCUUUCCACGCGCCGUCUGCACCGGAGCGGCCCAGCAUCUCGCCCAACCCCCCCUCUUACGCGGACCUCAUGUCCCACGACGACUCUCUCCUCCCCUCCUCGUCCCCGCCCACCAGCGCCGCCCUGCUGCCCCGGCCUCAGGCCGUGGGGUCCCCGGGACACCCCACCCCGAGCCCGCUUAGCAUCCUCUCCAGCCUGGGCCUCGGCGCCGCCUCGAGUCCGGUCAGCGCUCCUAGCCCCCCGUACCUGGGCAACGGCGACGGCUCGAGCUCGGACUCGUUAGACAGACAAGCGGCGGGUCAGGAGUUUGACGAGGAAGACGAGGACAGCAGCGAGUACGAGAACCUGGUGAGCGAAGCCGCACGUCUGCCCGUGAGCCCCGCCGCCCUUUUAGCUCGAAGUCGCUCAUCCGCCCUGGGUCCCGACGGGGACGCUCACGGCUCACAGACCACAUAGAAACACGCCACCAGGUGGGCACGGGACGCGCCUUCUCAAGCAAUCAAAGAUAGACAAAAAAGUGCCAGUCCUGAAAGUGAAAGUCAAGUGCAGUUGGUGUCGUUGUUUUGUCUCCAAGGAGAGGAGCGCUCUUUUCUUCUCCAUGCUUCUUUCUGGAAAAGGUGUCGGUACUUCAUCCAGCGCGCCGUGGAAAAGGCAGGUCCUCUCUUUGUGUCACAUUUUCAUCACUUAACUCACGCUUGCGUCACUUUUGCACUAUUUAUUGCCUUCUUUUCAACGAGCUCUCAAAGAAAAAAACAAAGGGAGACGACCAAUCAGCCUUCCGACUAAUCUUUAAUUGUACUUUUUGAGACGGGGGGGGGGGAAUCAAGGAAAGAGGGUCCACGUAACUUUUACAUGCACAACUUGUCGCACUUAACUUGGAAAUGUGCUUAUCUGUCAUUAUUAUGUUCGAAAUCCAGCAUUUACGUAAAAGACAAAUAGAUCUUACCGUAUUUUUCGGAGUAUAAGUCGCUCCGGAGUAUAAGUCGCACCGGCCGAAAAUGCACAAUAAAGAAGGAAAAAAACAUAUACACUACCGUUCAAAAGUUUGGGGUCACAUUGAAAUGUCCUUAUUUUCAAUGAAGAUAACUUUAAACUAGUCUUAACUUUAAAGAAAUACACUCUAUACAUUGCUAAUGUGGUAAAUGACUAUUCUAGCUGCAAAUGUCUGCUUUUUGGUGCAAUAUCUACAUAGGUGUAUAGAGGCCCAUUUCCAGCAACUAUCACUCCAGUGUUCUAAUGGUGCAAUGUGUUUGCUCAUUGGCUCAGAAGGCUAAUUGAUGAUUAGAAAACCCUUUGUGCAAUCAUGUUCACACAUCUGAAAACAGUUUAGCUCGUUACAGAAGCUACAAAACGGACCUUCCUUUGAGCAGAUUGAGUUUCUGGAGCAUCACAUUUGUGGGGUCAAUCAAACGCUCAAAAUGGCCAGAAAAAGAGAACUUUCAUCUGAAACUCGACAGUCUAUUCUUGUUCUUAGAAUUGAAGGCUAUUCCACAAAAUUGUUUGGGUGACCCCAAACUUUUGAACGGUAGUGUAAGUCGCACCGGCCGAAAAUGCAUAAUAAAGAAGGAAAAAAACAUAUAUAAGUCGUAAGUCGGGAAAUUUAUUUGAUAAAAGGGACAAGCGGUAGAAAAUAGAUGAUGGAAAAGCCAACACCAAGAAUAGACAUUUGAAAGGCAAUUUAAAAUGUCUAAAGAAUAGUGAACAACAGGCUGAAUAAGUGUACGUUAUAUGAGGCAUAAAUAACCAACUGGUAUGUUAACGUAACAUAUUAUGGUAAGAGUCCUUCAAAUAACUAUAACAUAUAGAACAUGCUAUACGUUUACCAAACAAUCUGUCACUCCUAAUCGCUAAAUCCCAUGAAAUCUUAUACGUCUAGUCUCUUACGUGAAUGACAUCAAUAAUAUUAUUUGAUAUUUUACGCUAAUGUGUUAAUCAUUUCACACAUAAGUCGCUCCUGAGUAUAAGUCGCACCCCCGGCCAAACUGUGGAAAAAAACUGCGACUUAUAGUCCGAAAAAUACGGUAUAUUGACAUCAACUUACAAGAAAGCAUUUUACUUUUAUUUUGUCACCUGCCAAGGUGUGUCUUCCACACCUGCACACUUCCAGCUGAGUGUGUGUGUGUGUGUGUGGGCUUUUGGACGCAAAAUGCACUGCCGGCUUUUCGUCUACACCACAGGUGUCAAACUCAAGGCCCGGGGGCCAGAUCUGGCCCGCCACUUCAUUUUAUUUGGCCCUCGAAAGCCUGGAAAUAAUAUGCGUCAUUAAAGUACUUCAUAUUUUCUUACUUAAUGUACUAGUUUUUUUCCAUUUUGACAGAAAAAAUACCGUAUUUUUCAGAGUAUAAGUCGCUCUGGAGUAUAAGUCGCACCGGUCAAAAAUGCAUAAUAAAGAAGGAAAAUAACAUAUAUAAGUCGCACUGGAGUAUAAGUCGCAUUUUUUGGGGGAAAUGUAUUUGAUAAAAGCCAACACCAAGAAUAGACAUUUGAAAGGCAAUUUAAAAUAAAUAAAGAAUAGUGAACAACAGGCUGAAUAAGUGUACGUUAUAUGAGGCAUAAAUAACCAACUGGUAUGUUAACGUAACAUAUUAUGGUAAGAGUCAUUCAAAUAACUAUAACAUAUAGAACAUGCUAUACGUUUACCAAACAAUCUGUCACUCCUAAUCGCUAAAUCCCAUGAAAUCUUAUACGUCUAGUCCAGUGGUUCUUAACCUGGGUUCGGUGAGUCGGGCUCAGGGGUUCGGCGUAUGUCAAGACACACCCGACUCAUCGUGUAAAUACAAACUUCUCCCUGUCGGCGUAUUACGGAUACGGCAACAGCUAACUGGUUUGCAGGUGUGUAAUUUGUUGUGAGUUUAUGCACUGUGUUGGUUUUGUUGUUUGAACAAGGUGAUGUUCAUGCACGGAUAAUUUUAUGCACCAGUAAAAAAACAUGGUAACACUUUAGUAUGGGGAACAUAUUCACCAUUAAUUAGUUGUUUAUUAACAUGCAAAUUAGUAACAUAUUGGCUCUUAACUAGUCAUUAUUAAUAGGGGUGUGGGAAAAAAUCUAUUCGAAUUCGAAUCACGAUUCUCACGUUGUGAGAUUCAGAAUCGAUUCUCAUUUUUAAAAAAAUCUAAUUUUUUUUCCCAUUUAUUUAUUUCUUUUUUUCUUUUUUUUUUUCUUUUUUUUUUUUUUAAUUAAUCAAUCCAACAGAACAAUACACAGCAAUACCAUAACAAUGCAAUCCAAUUCCAAAAGCAAAGCCGACCCAGCAACACUCAGAACUGCAAUAAACAGAGCAAUUGAGAGGAGACACAAACACCACUCAGAACAAACCAAAAGUAGUGAAACAAAAAUGAAUAUUAUCAACAACAGUAUCAAUAUUAGUUACAAUUUCAACAUAGCAGUGAUUAAAAAUCCCUCAUUGACAUUAUCAUCAGACAUUUAUAAAAAAGAAAAAAAAGAACAAUAGUGUGGCUUACACUUGCAUCGCAUCUCAUGAGCUUGACAACACACUGUGUCAUAUUUUUGGUUCAUUUAAUAGUUCAAACAAAUGUUUCAUAAAACAUUGUCCUUUACAAUUAUAAAAGCUUUUUACAAAAAUCUACUACUCUGCUUGCAUGUCAGCAGACUGGGGUAGAUCCUGCUGAAAUCUAUGUAUUCCAUGAAUAGACAAUCCUUUUGAAUCGGGAAAAUAUCGUCUUUGAAUCGAGAAUCGUGUUGAAUCGAAAAAAAUCGAUUUUGAAUCGAAUCUUGACCCCAAGAACAGAUAUUGAAUCGAAUCGUGGGACACCCAAAGAUUCACAGCCCUAAUUAUUAAGUACUUAUUAAUGCCUUAUUCGGCAUGGCCUUAUUAUUACUCUAACCCUCUAACCCUGACCCUAACCCUAACCAAAUGAAAUUAAUGAAAUUACUUAGAAUAUGUUCCCCUAGUGUCCAAAUAACUAUAAAUGAGGUCUUUGUUACUUAGAAUAUGUUCCCCUAGUGUCCAAAUAACUCUAAAUUAGGUCUUUAUUACUUAGAAUAUGUUCCCCUAGUGUCCAAAUAACUCUUUAAUAAGUCUUUAUUACUUAGAAUAUGUUCCCUUAGUGUCCAAAUAACUCUAAAUGAAGUCUUUGUUACUUAGAAUAUGUUCCCCUAGUGUCCAAAUAACUCUAAAUUAAGUCUUUAUUACUUAGAAUAUGUUCCCCUUGUGUCCAAAUAACUCUAAAUUAAGUCUUUGUUACUUAGAAUAUGUUCCCCUAGUGUCCAAAUAACUCUAAAUGAAGUCUUUAUUACUUAGAAUGUUCCCCUAGUGUCCAAAUAACUCUAAAUUAAGUCUUUAUUACUUAGAAUAUGUUCCCCUAGUGUCCAAAUAACUCUAAAUUAAGUCUUUGUUACUUAGAAUAUGUUCCCCUAGUGUCCAAAUAACUCUAAAUUAAGUCUUUGUUACUUAGAAUAUGUUCCCCUAGUGUCCAAAUAACUCUAAAUUAAGUCGUUGUUACUUAGAAUAUGUUCCCCUAGUGUCCAAAUAACUCUAAAUUAAGUCUUUGUUACUUAGAAUAUGUUCACCUAGUGUCCAAAUAACUCUAAAUUAAGUCUUUGUUACUUAGAAUAUUUUCCCCUAGUGUCCAAAUAACUCUAAAUUAAGUCUAUUACUUAGAAUAUGUUCCCCUAGUGUCCAAAUAACUCUAAAUUAAGUCUUUAUUACUUAGAAUAUGUUACCCUAGUGUCCAAAUAACUCUAAAUUAAGUCUUUGUUACUUAGAAUAUGUUCCCCUAGUGUCCAAAUAACUCUAAAUUAAGUCUUUAUUACUUAGAAUAUGUUCCCCAUACUAAAGUGUUACCAAAAACAUAACUUUGUCUUGAAUUAGAAAAAAAAAACAUUUUACUUUUCACUAAAGAAGGGUUGGGUGAAUGCGCAUAUGAAACUGGUGGGUUCGGUACCUCCAACAAGUUUAAGAACCCCUGGUCUAGUCUCUUACGUGAAUGAGCUAAAUAAUAUUAUACGCUAAUGUGUUAAUCAUUUCACACAUAAGUCGCUCCUGAGUAUAAGUCGCACCCCCGGCCAAACUAUGAAAAAAAACUGCGACUUAUAGUCCGAAAAAUACGGUAUUGGUGCUUUAUAUGUGUUUUUUUUUUUAAUGUUCCUUAAUCUGAUUAAAUUGGCACAAAUCUUCAGGGAGGCGAGAAAAACAUGAACAUUGCAUCGCGCUUCGCUGCACUUAACGUGAAAAAUCUUCAGAUGUCCUUUUACCGUGCGCUAUACCAAUGAGGUCACGUGUGUCGUCCCUUUUUGGACCACCACUCAUCUGCUCGUCUUUUGUACAGUCUGCACACACAGGGUUCACGGAGCAAACACAAUGUACUGUAGCUUUACUAACCACACGCUUUAGGUUCCCUUCUAAUGCUGCAGCACCACUAACAACAAAUCGCCAUUUAAAUUUUUUUAAAAAAAGGCUAUUUUCCACUCCACAUUGCUCCUUGUUUAGUCGCUGUGUGAGUUCUACGCGGAUAGACGCCACGUGUUCCUCAUCGGAUUGAACUAACGUUGUUACGUGCACGAUAAAAGUGUUUGCCUUUUAUCUGCACUGUCUGCAAAACUGGACUACAGUUCCUCCCGAUGCACAUUUAAGUAGAAGUGUUUUUGCUAGUACAAACUGGAAUGGUAAAAAAAGUGAGAGGAAACCUGCCCGGGGACUGCUCCACCCUAUGAACCCUAAACUCCACUAAAAGCAAGGAGCAUUGUUGCGAUGUACGGUCGGCACACUUCGACGACGAGCGUCGCUUUAGUUACGCAAACCUGUUGGUGCGCCUUUUUUGCCUCAGGGCUGUCUCGUCGGCAUCACUGAUCAGGAACUGGCACUCUUGAAACGUUCCUAAUCAUAACAAGAGUAACACAUCACAUGUCGUCCCUGAGGAACUUGGGAGUAUAUCGAGGAAAAGUCAUGAAUGUACAGUAGACGAGGGAAGGGGUAGCAUUUAGUGACGGGGGUCCUCACUCCUUUGGGGGGUUGUUUAAGUAGUGCACCCUCCACUUGACGAUCGAAAACCAGCAGGACUCUGGUGCUGUGAUCCAAGGAUAUUUAGUUUUUAACAUUAAACACUCGUGUACUCCUACUGUAUAGGCCGAUACUUCCCGUUCCCCUUUCCCCACCCCAAAACGGGACACUUUACGACAACUCCCUGAAGCACACACCUCGAGGGACUCUUUAGGCUUUUUAUUUGGAUUUGUGUACUCGGAGGAUGACAGAAUACACGUUUGAAUGAGCACAGAGGGGGAUAUAAUAAAAGAGAGAGAUGUA